UCGGUGAAAAUAUUUUUACGAUCUGAAAAUAUCCUUGCGAAAACAUUAUUACGAAUGUUUUCGUAUGUAUAAAUUUUAACUGUUAGUUUAGCUGCAACUAUUGUAAGUUUGGAAUAAAAUGUAAUAACCCGAUUAAGAUCAAAGAAUAAAAUAAACAAGAAGGGUCAUGUUUCAGGAUAACACAAAGAAGCAAAGUCUUUCUCUGACGGCUUAUAAUUAGUAAUUGAUAUCUGAAAAUUGUCAUUAUGAUUAUGAUCAAUAUUGUCAUUUGCAAUCAAACACAUACUUUCUCUUUCACAUUCUCUAUCUCAUCUAGAUAACUCGUAACUAUAAUUAAUCUAAAUAACUCAUCUGGAUAACUUAUUGCAUAAUAUAUUGUUUAAUGGCGAACGUGCAAUUUUUCCAGAUAAAUCGCUUCAAUUACCAAUUUUAUAGAUGUCGCCUCGAUAAAUAUACUCGUACGCAUGUACGCAACGAUACAAGAGGCGUCUCCUAUGUAUAAUCAGUCUAUUUAGCCAUUAUUUACUUCGCACAUAUAUAACGAUAAUAACUACUAUUAUUGUUAGUUAGUUGUAAGUAAAUUAGUUGUAAGUAAGUCCGUCAAGAUAUAAUAAUCCUGCAAUGGGGGUGGUAUUUUUAAAGCUAUUGUUAAGUAUCGUCCUCAUGAUCACCUUGGCAUUGGCUGAUAUACAUCUCAAGGAUAUCAUGAAUUGCUCGCUUACAACUGGUCCUUCAUCAAUCACUAAAGUAAAGCCAAGGAAAUAUAACAUUCAACUUACGAUAAAACCGGAAGAAGGAAUUAUAUUAACUAUGGUUGAAAUUAUGAUUCAUAUCAAAGAAUUGACGACAAACAUAAAUCUGCAUGUACGUGGUAUGGAAACGAUUAGUCAUAACGCAGAAAUCAUACCGGUUCAGUCAACAUUGAGUCAUCAUUAUCGUGACCGUAGAUAUAAGCCUAAUAAACUGUUGGACUUUAAACAUUGCAAAGAAAAUGACAUUUUAAUCAUAAUUUUUGAAAGAAACAUAGAUAUUGGACAAUAUUAUUUAUAUCUCGAACUCAUUUCAAUUUUAUCUAAAAAUGAAAACAAUAUUUAUUUUCCGUAUUCGAGUGAGUAUAAUUACCGGCCCUUUAUCACGAACCUAUAUACACGAAAUGCGAUACGAAGUUUUUUUCCAUGCUGGGACAAUCCGACAAUAACAGCAAUUUUCAACAUUUCAAUCAAUCAUCCUAUAUAUUAUACUGUUUUUUCGAACAUGCCUAUAUUAAGGACGACUGAAGAAUUGCAAGGUGUACGAUGGACGUAUUUUCGAGAAACUCCAUCGAUGUCAAUAUAUCUCUUAGCGAUUGUAAUAAUCAGUAAUAUAACAACAUAUACUAGCUAUCAAGGCAUCAAUUCCAUGUGGUUUCAAACAGAUAUAUGGAAAACGUUUAAAUACGCACAUAAUAUAGCAUAUUCAGCCACAGUCUAUCUUUCUGCAUACACAAAUAUAAGAACGUUAAGCGUUUUUGAGAAACUUAACUAUAUUAUCGUUCCUAAUGGACUGAAUGGUAUGAUAUCUGCAGGAGGACGCCAGCUCGUUCUUUAUAGAGAAGAAGAUAUUAAGUACGACGAAGCUUCAAACUAUUUUGGUCGAAAUAUUAGUGUAACGACAUUGGUAGCUUACGAAGUGGCACGCCAAUGGUUCGUCGGUUUUGUCAGUUUGAAAUUAGAGAAUGACAUUUGGAUAAACGAAAUCUUAGCGUCGUUCUACAGCUAUUAUAUUACAGCUCAGAUACAAGAUAUUGAAAGAUUAACAGAAUUAUUCCUAGUUCAAAAUUUACAGACUGUACUAAAUAUUGAUGUUUCUUUAGAGCCGAAACCUAUUAUGCAUAAAGCUAAGAUGGAUAAUGGAAUUGAUGGAUUACUUUACUCUCUCUUAUAUCACAAGAAAGCAUUUGUACUAAUACAUAUGUUACACCACCUUCUUACUCCGGAAAUUUUUCAACAGGCAAUUGAAGAAUAUGUAAAAGUGAGCCGUACUUAUAAUUUAUGGACCAUUAUGCAAAAGUAUUAUAAUCAUGAAAACAAGAGCAGAUAUACAAUAAAAGAAAUCAUAGAUUCAUGGUUAACGACAAAGUACUACCCUGUACUGAGCAUCCAGAGUAAUAAUCGUCGGCGCAUAAUAUGCUAUACUUUUGAUAAUUCUGACGAUUUGGCUAAAUGGAAGAUACCUAUAAAUUAUAUUACAAAAUCAAAUCUCACUUCUUACAAUAUCACAAAUAUUAUUUGGUUUGGACAAAAGCAAAUGGAUAUUAUUAAUGACAUCGAUAGAGAUGAUUUUUACAUACUUAAUGUAGGACAAAUCGGUAUGUGUAAUCUAAUCAACUUAUCACAUUUUGUUUAACACUUUCUAUGACAUAUUUUGCGAUUUACUUCAUAAUUCUAUCUUAUCUUAGAA